CAAGCCUCACAGUGCAACAGCAUCCCUGUCAUUGUCAUGGAUUAGCGCGUGGCCGGCCGUAGCCUUCGGUCUUCGAGAAUUCUCAAGAAUCUCUCACACAGUUUUCGUUCCGGGCCUCUCUUGAAUCGACUCUAAAGCGCUUUUCCUUCCUGGCUUCCCCGCCCAGCCACCCUGCGUGGGCUCGAGUCGCCUGUCGCCGACUACGAUUCCUUAUUGUCUCAUCGUUUGACUCGUCUUAGCGAGCCACGACUCAAGGCGACGGCGUCUGUACUGCGAACCGGUGACGUCAGCCGCACGGCCGGCAAGUCGUGACGCCAUCCGCACGGCCAACAAGUCGUGACGCCAUCCGCACGGCCAACAAGUCGUGACGUCAUCCGCACGGCCGACAAGUCGUGACGGUCGCCGUCCAUUGAUUAACGUUUACAUGUAGCUCGCCAUGUCUCAGCUGCCUCUCCCCCCGCUCCACCACCCUGAUUACCCCCCGCACCCGCCAAUUCUCCCCCCUCACCAGCCGUCUCUCCCCCCGCUUCCGCUCCACCUCCCCCUCCCCCACUACCAGCUCCCGCAUCUCCCCCCGCUCCCCCUUUCCGCGCCUCUCCCGCCUCACCUUGCGCACGCGGGAGGUAUCUUCCCCCACCCCCACGCGCACUUGGUGCAUCUCCCCUUCCCCCACUACCCGCACAUCCCCGCCUUGCACCCCGCGGGCUAUGCGGCGGAGGCGCAUGGCAAUCUCGGCGGAAGAGCCGGCGGGCAUCCCGGCGCAAUUCCCGGCGCAGUUCCCCGGGCAGUCCCGGCGCUUCACGGGGGAACGCCCUCGCUCCCCCCAGUGCACGAGGCCCCCCGUCUCGCCGCCCAGUUUUCGCGCGGAACGAGUGGCGGAGGCGGGGAAAGCGCGCAGGGCGGCGAAGCCGCGCUGGGCGAGGGAACCGGGGAAGCGGAGGGGAGGGCGGAGGAAGGGAGGGGAGCGGUGGAGCCGGGGGAAGAAAGGGGCGCGAGGGAUCAAUCAGAGGCGAACGGUGUCGACGCGCGAGAAGCGGCCGAGUGUGACAAUAGCGGGGGAGAGGAAGGGGAGGAGGCAGUGGUGGUGGAGUUUCCAGAGGGCGAGGGCGAGGGGGAGGAGGGGGGAGAGGAAGGAGGGGAGGGAGGAGAGUGUGAGAGGGAGGAGGGUCAUGGGGUCGUAGCAGGGGAUACUGAUGCGACGGCAGCAGCAGCAGCAGCAGCAGCAGCAGCAGCAGCAGCAGCAGCAGCAGCAGCAGCAGCAGGUGAUGGGAUGGGAGCGAGGGGUUAUGAGGUAGCAGGGGGGGAUGAUGCUGCUACUGAUGCUGAUGUUGAUGAUGAUGGUGAUGGUGAUGCUGAUGUUGAUGAUGAUGGUGAUGGUGAUGGUGAUGACGAAAUAACAGUGGAAGAUCUUGGGAUUGAUGCGGAGGAGGCGCAUGGAAUGGGCGGUUCAGAUGCGAUUGCGGGAGAGCAUGGGAUGGACGAUCCAGAUGCGAUGGCAGGGGAGCAUGGGAUGGACGAUCCAGAUGCGAUGGCAGGGGAGCAUGGGAUGGGGGAGAUGACAGACGCAGAUUUGGAUUAUGCUGCCAUGCUUUACGACGGGCAGAGCGACGACGAGGGGCAUGAGACUCGCGAGCAGCAGCAGCAGCAGCGUCAAGAGCAACGGCAAGAGCAACGGCAAGAAGAAUUCCAGCAAGGUCAAGAGCACGAGCGCUAUGAGCAUCAUGAGCAUCAGAUGCCUGAUCAUGAGAACCAAGAGCAGCAUGAUGCACAUCAGCCUUACCAAGCCGCUCAAGAGCACAUGCCAUGCCAUACCCAUACCCAUACCCAUGCCCAUGCGCAUACCCAUUCCCAUUCCCAUGCCCAUUCCCAUGCCCCCCUGUCCGAUGACCAUCGAGGCUCUGGCGUCGUGGCUGUGCGACCUGUGGGAGUGAGGGCCACUGCCAGCACACCUCAUGCCGCUAUGCGUCCUCACGUCAUGCCACUCAUAUCCCAUGCUGUGGCACUGGGUGCUGGGACAUCUCAUGCCAUGGCAGCAGUGCCAGGCGUCUUGCCCUUAGCCCUGGGGCAGCAGCUGCAGCAGCUGGCACAGGCAGAGGGGAGGACACAGACGAGAGGCGUGGAGAGGCACGAGGACCAGCAAGAGCAGCAGCAGCAGUUUCGGAUGGGGGUUGUGAGGCAAACGAGGAGACUGCAAGUGGACGUUGAUGUUGCUGUCUUCUCCCGACUCAUGCUGCUGGUGCGCGAGCGGUACGGGGGCAGUGUGCAGCGGUGGCUGCAUGCUGCUGUGGAUGCAUUGGAGCAGAGCACUGCAGCGGGGCGAGUGGAUGGGGCGGGGCAGUGCCGUGGUGCAGGGCAGAGCAGUGGUGGGGGUCAAGUGGAUGGAGCUGGACGGGCGAUGGGUAGAGGCAGCACUGCUGCUGCUGCUGCUGCUGUUGACUCGUGGAACGGACGGAGGGGAGGCUUUGGGGAGAGGGCGAGGGGGAAGGCGGAGGGGGAGAGGGCCGGCUUGAAGGGGAGAGGCGCAUCUUUUGAGUCGACUCAGAAGGGGAGAGGCGCAUCUCUCCCGCGCAGGCUGGCUCUUUCCAAGUGGAAGCGAAUCCAGCCUGAGCAGCUGCGGGGGUCGGACGCCUAUGAGCUGGCAGCAACAUACCGCAUGGCGCUGGAAGCUGCCGGCGGCAGUAACGCUGCUGGUGCUGCUGGUGCUGCUGGUGCUGCGUGUGGUGGUCAGUCUGGUGUGAGCAGCAGCAGGGGUGAAGAGCACCAGACUGCACAAGUGGCUCAGGGAGCAGCAGGGGGAGCAGCAGGGGGAGCAGCAGGGGGGGCAGAGGCAGGUGGCGAGUUGCUGGAGACGCCGUGGGAGGAGCUGACUGUGGCACAGAUGGAGCGAAUGCUGGAGGAGACCAAGCGGCUGAUAGCAGCCAGCGAGCGGGCCCACCUGUGCCCGCACACGGGCUGCCCCAGAAAAUUCGCCACGCCGGGCAGCCUGAAGGAUCACCUGAACGAGCACAGCGGGCGGCGGCCGUACGAGUGCGCGGUGGCGGGGUGCGGCGAGCGCAUGGCGACACGGCAGCUGCUGGGGCGGCAUGUGAAGAAGCACGAGUGUGUGCACGCGUGUGCGGUGCCGGGGUGUGGGAAGCGGUUCGCCUUUAAGGAACGACUGGUGGUGCACCAGCGCACGCACAGCGAGGAGCGUCCCUUGCAGUGUCCGUGGGAGGGGUGUGUGAAGACGUUCAAGUGGACCAACUCGCUGCACGGCCACCUGCGCACGCACACGGGGGAGAAGCCCUUCCACUGCUCCUUUACGGAGUGUGGGCGAGCGUUCGGCUACAAGGUGGAUCUCACACGGCACCUGCGCACGCACUACGGGCAGCCGGCGCGGUAGCACGCAUGGCAGCACGCUAGCACAUAUUGGCACAGUAGCAGGCAGGCUAUGGCGUGGCAGUGGCGGUGUGGUGGCACUUGCCGGCACUGUAGCAGGCAUGGCAUGGCAGUGGCAGUUGGGAGCUCACAGCCGAGAGAACAACGGACGGUUUACAGGCAAGCAGCAUGGCAUUUUUCAUGAGUCAACGGUCCCAGUGUGAGACACCACAUGAUACUGGCCGGGCCAGGACGCCGUGGGGAAUGAAGCGGGAUAGCAUGGCAGUGGCACUGUAGCAGCACCCAUGAGUGGAACCCGGAGAAGCACUGCGAAGGAAUGGUCUGUUUGAAUUGUGAAUGUAGGCCUUGCAUUAUUUCAGCACCUCAU